AUCUCUCUCUUCUCCAUUCUCUCUCUCUAUAGAGACACACAAAAGUAGAAAGACGAAGAAGAAGAGAGAACGGGUUUGUAGUUGGUGGUUGCGUUUCUUUCUCGUUUAUAUUCUUCUUUCUUUUUUGUUUUCAUCUUUCAAUUCCUUUUUUUCUUUUUUGUUUAUAAUCUAAUCGACGCACGAACAGAGCAAUCUCAAGCUCUUCUUCUUCCCCACAAUUGAAUCUGAUUCUGAGAUCCUCUUACCUUCUGUUUGAUCUCUCUGUUUCCUGACGAAGGAGAUAUUGUAGAGAAAGAAAGGGGUUCUCAUGAUUCUCGUGUUUUGAGUCUCUUUCCAGUAUAAAUUAAAACUUACACUUGUCUUUCUUUUUCUUUUUGGUGGAAAUCUACGUAGAUCUGUUCCUUUUUUCUCAUAAAACUUUUGGGUUUAAAUUUCUGUACAAAUAAAAUAUUUGUAAGAAGAAAAAAACGUUUUUUUAAACAAGACUCGAAAAGGGUCAGACCCAGAAGUCUCAUCUUUUACCUUUUUUCUUGGUCAGCUUUGAAAGGCUUCAUCUUUUUUUUAUUCCGUUUUUUUUUUCUUCAUUCAAUUUUGACGAUUUGGGUUUAAAAAUCACUGCUUGUGUAUGUAUGUAUACUGGUUGUUGACGAAUUAGAUUUUGCUCAAAAGGGUUCUUGCACAAAGUAGCUGGAACUAAAUUUUGAGGUUUGUUUCUUACAAACUAAAUCAUCAUAUCAUCCUAUUACUCUUUGUGGUGAUCAUUGGGAUCUAAAGACGGGUUUUGUCUUCUUACAGAGAUCUCUUUUGCAUAGUUUGAAUCAUCAUUGCUCUUUCCGGUGAGAAUUGUGAUCUAAAGGUUCAAUCUUUCUCGCUGGAGGACCGUCGGGGUGAUUGUACCAUUGUUGGUCUGGAGUGCCUGCUCAAUAUAAUCAGGGCCCUUAAAAUGGGGUCCUGUUUAUCUGCAGAGAGCAGGAGCCCUAGACCGGGCUCUCCUUGCUCUCCUGCUUUUAGUGUGAGGAAGAGGAAGAACUCUAAGAAGCGACCUGGUUCUAGGAACUCUUCCUUUGAUUACCGGAGAGAAGAACCGUUGAAUCAGGUUCCGGGCCGGAUGUUCUUGAAUGGAUCAACUGAGGUUGCUUGUAUCUACACUCAACAAGGCAAGAAAGGGCCUAAUCAAGAUGCCAUGGUUGUUUGGGAGAAUUUUGGUUCGAGGACAGAUACAAUCUUCUGUGGAGUGUUUGAUGGACAUGGUCCAUAUGGUCAUAUGGUUGCAAAGAGAGUCAGAGACAAUCUUCCUCUCAAAUUAAGUGCUUAUUGGGAAGCAAAAGUACCAGUUGAAGGUGUUCUUAAGGCAAUCACCACCGACACUGUCAAUAAUGUAACCAACAUUAACAACCCUGAAGAUGCUGCUGCUGCUGCUGCUUUUGUCACUGCUGAAGAAGAACCUAGGACAUCUGCUGACAUGGAGGAGGAGAACACAGAAACCCAACCGGAAUUGUUUCAAACGCUGAAAGAGUCGUUUCUUAAGGCUUUUAAAGUUAUGGAUAGAGAGCUUAAAUUCCAUGGAAGUGUUGACUGUUUCUGCAGUGGGACAACAGCUGUAACCUUGAUCAAGCAGGGUCAGUAUCUCGUUGUUGGAAAUGUUGGGGAUUCCAGAGCUGUAAUGGGUACAAGAGACAGUGAAAAUACUCUUGUCGCUGUUCAACUAACUGUGGAUCUUAAGCCAAAUCUCCCAGCUGAGGCAGAGAGAAUAAGAAAGUGUCGAGGACGAGUGUUUGCUCUUAGAGAUGAACCUGAAGUUUGUAGAGUUUGGCUGCCAAAUUGUGACUCACCUGGACUUGCUAUGGCACGUGCUUUUGGUGACUUUUGCCUUAAAGAUUUUGGCCUAAUCUCUGUGCCUGAUGUAUCUUUCCGUCAGUUAACCGAAAAAGAUGAGUUUAUAGUGUUGGCUACAGAUGGGAUUUGGGAUGUUCUCUCAAAUGAAGAUGUAGUGGCGAUUGUAGCUUCAGCUCCAUCGCGCUCCUCUGCAGCAAGAGCUUUAGUCGAGUCUGCGGUCAGAGCUUGGAGAUACAAAUACCCGACUUCCAAAGUCGAUGACUGUGCCGCUGUUUGCUUGUAUCUAGACUCCAGCAACACAAACGCCAUAUCUACAGCUUCUUCCAUCUCCAAACUUGAAGAUGGAGAAGAAGAAGAACUAAAAGCCACGACUGAGGAUGAUGAUGCAUCAGGACCAAGCGGUCUAGGCCGUUCGAGUACUGUCAGGUCGGGGAAAGAGAUUGCUCUCGACGAAAGUGAAACUGAGAAGCUGAUAAAAGAAGCGGAUAACUUGGAUUCAGAACCUGGAACAGAGUAUUCUGCACUUGAAGGUGUUGCAAGAGUUAAUACACUUUUAAACUUACCAAGAUUUGUGCCUGGAAAGUGAAUAGAGAAAGAAGAGUUGAAGUGAAGAAGUUGAGAGGUGAUUAAUGAUAUCAAAUAAAUCACCCAAGACAAGGUACUGUGUCUUUUUGUUCUUUUGUUUUUCCUUUUCAACUUUCUUCAUUGAUCUCUAUUCUUUUUUGAGUCAUAAUUCAUUGGUUUUGGAACCUAAAUUUUUGUCAGUUUUGUCUUUGGUUUAUGUCUUUCUCUCUUGUUAAUGUUUAUGUUGUUUUUUGGUCUUGUCAGUAAAGAAGAGUGAAAAAACAUCACAUCAUGUAAUAAUGGCUUGUGUCUGUAAUUCUGUGAAUCCCCUCAGGCUUAAUUUUGUCAGUCUGUUGGGACAAUUUCCUGUUUCUGUCUUUUCAAAAAGCUCCAAUUCCAGUUACAGAAUUUGUGUC